AUGCAGGAAAAGAAUUUUUUUGAAAUACCUAUAGAUAAUAAUAAUUUUCAAUCGUCACCGGCACCUAUUACGGCAGUUAUAUUUAGUAUUUUUACAAUUAUUGCUAUUAUCUUGAAUAUUAGCCUAUUUUGUUAUAUUAUUGCUCAAAGAUUGUAUCAAAAUUUUAUUUCAUCACAUUUUAUUGCUCAUUUAUGUAUUACAAAUUUAGUUUGCUUACUUAUUUUGAUGCCAUUAUUUUUGUACAGUGUCUUUACAGGACAAGGUGCCUUUGAAAAUGCUUCGUUUAUGUGUAAACUACAAAGUCUAUUAGCAUGCUCCGUUUGGACGGUUGUUCAAUUAAUGGUUCUUUGCAUUUCCGGAGUCCAUUUAUUAACAUUUGCUAGAAUUCACUAUGAGCAAUUAUUUGGUUUACCACCAAAUAUAUUAUGUGGUUUAUCAUGGUUGAUAUCUUUAUCACUUUCUUUACCAUGUGUAACAAAUUCUGAUGUUGUUAGGUAUGAUGAACAUUUAAGGCAAUGUAUCUGGGGAUCCACUGAUUCAGCAUACAAAUUUUUAACUUAUAUUUUAAUAUUUGGUUUAGUUAUUCCAUGUUCUCUUUCAUCAUAUGCUUAUAUAAGAGUUCUAGGAAUCUUAUAUCAUAGUCCUAUCGUAUUUCAAAGUAUUGGAUUAUACAAAUCUCGUUUUCUUGUAUAUGCAUUCUUAGCAAGUCCAUUUUAUACACUUCCAUUAUUUGUUGUCUCAAUGGUAGGAACAGAUAAAUUUUCUUCAACACCUUGGGUUCCAGUAUUUUCAACAUUUACAGCAUACUUUCAAUGUAUAAUUUCACCUCUUUUAUAUGGAAGUUCAUUAUUUCUUAUGAAGGAAGAAGAUAUGGCAUUAACAGCAAGAGCUCAUAAAGCAGGUCCAAAUAGUUAUCAACCUGUACAAUUACAGAUUCCUGGACAACAUCUCUAA